AUUCAGUUGAGACUCGACCUUCCGAACAAGGAAAAGUUGUUGUGCUGUAUAAAACAUUUUGCAGUAAGCUUUUGAACCUGAGAUCAUUCAGAUGAGAUUCGUACUCCUGACCAGACUUACAAAUUAAGCUUUCGCGAAAUCUUCUGUUCGGUCUGGCAACACGUACAUAUACCAUAUGAUUCGAAAAAUGGCAAUCGCAAACAACGCGGAAGAAGAGGAGCAGGCAGUGCGGACGGAGAAGAGCAGGAAAUGUUUUUAUUUGAAGAAAAUGAUCGGAGAUUACAUAGACACAUCCGUUCGCGUUGUGGCCACCGUGUUUCUGGCCGACUUCCUUCAGCGUUUAUAUCGCUGUGCCGUUGAGUAUGUCUACUACAGCCGGUACUAUCUUCCCGAGGAUCGGGUUUGGACUAUUGUGCGGCGCUCGUACUCCUACAACAGCAAGUCAGUCUACCUCCUGCUGGCUUACCUUUUCGUGGCACUUUCCCGAAUUUCGGUUAGCGGGGAUUUUAGGUCUGUAGUGCCCACAGUCAUGUUCUUGGCCCAAAUGCCGCUGUACUGGAUCUUUAGCGACCUAGGUCAGAGCACCCUGAGCUACUCCCACUGGAUACGGGGUAACCAUGGGCUGGACUAUGCGGCAGGAAUGGCAUCCAACUACUUCCACGGCUACCUCAAACUUUCGUUGCCGGAACGCAUGGACGAUGGAAUUAAGCAUCGAAUGGCUGUGUACGAGGACACACACAACGUCACUUUUGGAGUGGAUCGACUGGUCAUCCUCAUUCCCGACGAAAUGUUUGUCAGCGGCGAACUCGAAAGCAAUCUUUUGGAGAAAGUUCAACCUCUGGAGACGAAGUACAUUAAUAGAGCCGGAGUAAAUCGCCCCUUUAAGCAUGCUGUCUACAAACUGAAAAAAAAGGUCAACGGCAAGACCUACUACUUCGCCAUGGAGGGCGCCACGCCCAUGUUGUCCUUCUUCGAUGCCAUGCAGUUUAACUUGUCGGCCACCUGGCAGAUGCAGGAACUAAAGCGGGAGAUCUGGCUAAAGUUCUAUAAGCACCUAAAGGAGCUCAUUACGACUUGGCCCGAGACCCGCAACGAGGUGCAGCUCAUCAUCUAUAACUCGCAUGAUACCGCGGGAAAUCUUGUGGAUGUUGGCAGCUUGCUCAUAGAUCAUAUGCAAAAUAAAACCAAAAUUAUAGACGAAUUGGCCGGCUAAGAAUUUAUAAAUUUAUUAUAAAUCUCGAAUUUAAGAAUAUUACCAUAUAUGACAAAGUAAAUUUGUAAUGCUCUUUUUACUUUUGUAUCUAAAACUAAUGAUAAUAAAUAAGUUGUUUAACCUA